AUGCUCCUCGAGACACCACAGAAGAAACCCUAAAAUUGGGGCUGUGGGCCUUGCCCCUAGAAUAGAAUAGCCUGUGUGGCUAAUAGAAGGCCAAGGCUGGAGAAGCAGGAUUUGCUUCUGGUCUCCAGGGCAACAGGCCAGGUGGCCAAUCAGCUCGCAGGCCUGGGGUCAUUGUGCAAAUGUGUUGCUAUGGCUCCUGAAACCCAGGUGACGGAAGGUACGCAGACGGAGGAGAGCCUGCUUCGGGUCCUGCAAGCGUGUGGACAUGUCUGUGGAAAAGGCCACGAAAGUAGAGGAGAGUUUUCAAAGGGUCCUGGGAUUUAAGAAGAUGGUCGACCGGUGGCGGAACUCGCACACCCACUGUCUGUGGCAGACGACACUGGACCAGAGGAGGAACCUGUAUGCUACCCUGAGGAUGCAGGACGCCAUGGGCCGGGAGCUGGCCCUGGCCCGUAAGCAGCUGCUGGUGGUCCGUCGGGCGGCCCUGUGCCAGCUGUUCGAGGCGGAGCUUCGGCAGUACGAGCGGGAGCUGAAUCAGACGGGCAGAGCUUUCUACGUGGAGAGGCUCUGAUGGCAUCCGAAACAGAGCUGCCUCGUAACGGCUCGUUCUGCGGCCCUAAGUCUUGAUUUGUUUCAGAGUGUUUAUUUAUAGCCAUGAUCUUGAAACAGCUUCCUGGGUAUUGCUCACCGCCUCUCC